CACAGCGAUGGCUUCUCAGUGGAAAUUCCUGUGCGUGCUCUUCCUGCAUCUGCAGCCGUCCUUCUGCCUCCGUCUCCUCCCUGCUGACAGCUUUGUUUCAUCUGUCCAUGAUGGAGGUGUAAGUGGACGGAGGGAGGGGAAAGCUUUGCAUCACUUUCAGUCUUCAGCAGCGUCGCAGAGGAAACUGCUUCAGAUGAAUGGAGCUCCCCUGUCACCGCUGAAGAUUUCCUCCAAUGGGGAGCCGUGUCUUUUGUUCCUGGCCCGGAAACUGUCUUUGCGCUACGAGAAGAACAAGCAGCUGGACCUAACGGAACAAGCCUUUUCUUCACACAAACCCGUAGACAUCAGCCAGUCUGUGUGCCGCCAGGACAAAGCCACAUUGGUGAUGGCGUUUGGAGAUGUGGGGGAUCUGAGAGACCUUUCCAUCAGGUUGCAGCUCUCCAACACUUUCUACGAGUCUUCAGGUCAGUGGUGGUUCUCGGUGGACAGUGUCUUGGUUCUCUGCAACUCCUCAGUAGGAGCUUUGUUUAAUGCUAGUGAUGUGUACGCUCCUGCGUCCUCCUCGUACCGAUGCCCUCAUGUCAGCAGCCUGCAGCGAUACAGCGGCCUGCUGUUACCCAGCACUGACCACGCUCGCCGCUGGUCCAUCACCUUCAUCGACUUCCAGAUCCAGGCGUUCAAUGUCACCUCUGGCAGAUUUUCACCAGCGAGUGACUGCACCACCAUCCUGACACCAGCCAUUCUGAUGGGCCUCAUCACCUCCCUGAUCCUGCUGCUGGUGCUGGCCUACGCCCUGCACAUGGUCAUUCACCUGAAACACAUCGAGCAUGACGACAGUCAGAAAGCUGACAUGUACUUUCCUCAAAGCACAGAACACCUAGAGCACUGCUGUGAUGAGAACAUAACCGAGAAGAACGUGAUUUAAAUGGAAGCAGAAAUUCCACAUUUUUUAUGUUUCUGUUCUGAUGUACAGCUCAGGAUCUUGGCUUUUUUAAAAGUAAGUUUCUAGUCUUUUGUAAUCUGUUAAACUAUUUCAGCAUCUGAUUAUUCAUAACACACUAGAUAAAAAAUUUUUUUUAAAAAUGAAAACUUGUCUUACUUCUCGGGUUAUUAUUGCUCUUUAAACCCCUAUUUUCACUCCGUUUUAACUCUUUUGCUCUGUUAUGGGGUCCAGAUGGUGCAUCCUUACAUUGUAGUAUUAUCCCCCCUUUGACAAAAGUGGUCAAAGGUGGACAGGAUUUCAUGUCUACCAUGGACACCAGUGAAAAUCAUUGAGAAAAAAUGUUAUGCGUGCUGUGUUGUGGGUUCCAGAUGACCUCACUCCCAACAUUGAUGUCCCUAGGAUAGCACAAAAUAAGCUUACCACAUUUGGUGAAAACUAAACUUUUCCAAACUCUUCAACACAUGAAAACAAUAGUCUGGUAAAGAGGCAGUUCUCCCCCAAAUCCCUGACCAGUUCAAUUUAGAGACACGAGGUCAUGAUUUGAUUUGGUUUAAGACUGUUUAAUUUGAUUUAAUAAGAUUAAAGUUACACUCCAAAACCAGUUUUGUUUGAUUCUGAAGGAAAGUUUUUUUAUUGGGUAAAAUUAUGAAUUAUUAAACCAAACAAAAAUACAGUUUAAUGAUGGCUCAUGAAGUUAACUUCAGAUGAUGCCUUUCGGUCCAGGUCACCCUUAAAAGGAGAUCUAAUCUCAAUGGGAUUUACUGGUAAAUUAAAGGUUAAACAAAUACAAUCAUUUUAAUUCUGUAAAAUAGGUAAAUAAAAAAUAAAAUACAAGAAAAGAGAGAAAAUGACAAAAACAGAUGGAAAGACUUGUAUUUUCCGUUUUGUCCUGAAGGUGGCUCUGAUGUCAUGUCUAAUCAUCCAGAACAUCAGCAGAAGAAGAAACUACUACCGCCUAGAGGAAAGCGUGACCGCGAAAAAAAAAAAAAA